UACUGAACAAUACAUAAAUGUACUUGUAUGCAUCACAGUUCUGGAGGUGAAGAAGAUCGACUUCGAAUACAUCCCGUCUUCUUGUGGCCAGACACUGGUGAACAGCAAAGCGAAAAAUUCAAAACAAUGAAUCCAAUGGGACAGGUUCCAGUUUUACUGGUCGAUGGAAAACCCAUCAGCCAAUCGGUGGCCAUCAUGGAGUACUUAGAAGAGAUGUAUCCAGAGCCAAGGAUGCUGCCCGCAGAUGCCUACCUCAGAGCUAAGUGUCGAGAGGUCGUGGAGCUCCUUGUUUCCGGAGUCCAGCCUAUUCAAACCAUUGGCCUGAUCCCAAUCUUCGGCAAGGUGGAAUGGAAAAAAUGGGCUGAGCGCAAUAUCACUCGUGGUUUUACCGCACUGGAAGCCAUUUUUGCGGAGACAGCUGGAAAGUACUGCUUCGGAGACGAGCUGACCUUCGCGGAUGCCUGCCUCGUCCCUCAAGUGUGCAACGCGUACCGUUUUGGCAUUGACGUCACACCCUUCCCUAAGGUGCGGCAGAUUUACGAGGCGCUCCAGCAACACCCGCUCGUCCAGAAGGCCGAACCCUCACGUCAGCCGGACACCCCUCCAAUGGGAGUGCCUGACACGCCCAACCUCUUCAAGGGUCCAGGAGACCAGUAGUAUUAAAAGGUCAUACGUGUUGAAGUAUACAUUUAGAUGGAAACAUAAACUAGCGUUUGUAAAAUGCUUCCGGCCUUCUAACUUGUGGACAUAUUCGUUUUUUAAGGUAUAACGUGGCCAAAACUUGCCAAUUUUAUCUAGUCUAGAAACAUGCAUGCGAGAAUAUUGAAAUUAUGCCAAAGAGAAUUAGUAUGAUACUUGGGCCGGAGAGCCCUGUGAAUGGCAAUGGACAAAAAUUUGCUGUGUGAAUCACUGUCUCUGAACCGAUCUGCUCGCAAGCAGAAAUGUUUCACGUGGGUCAGUGGGUGUUACAUUUGAUAAAGUACGCGUGAAUAACACGUCAGCCAGAAGUGUGACGAAAGCACAACAUUCAUUUGUGAUACUUCCUAAAUCCCUUGGAGACCCUGACUCUUGAAAGAAAUAUAUUACCACCCUUGUUUCAC